CACUCCCGGCUUUCUACAUCAUUAACUCCACAGCUAUUGCCUCGACUACAUCUGUGUUUACCUUCAAAACCGAAAUACAUUGUUUUCUAAUGUGGUCUACAGUUUUUCCAGUUGCCUCCUGAGUUCAUAUUUUUGUCAACUUAACUGAAGAAUAGUGCACCGCACGUCAUCAUUCUUAAGGAGGUGUUUUUUGUAGAAACUCGCAGCUUCAUCAGUGUAUUGUACCACAAACACUUCAGAGAAGUAUGGACAAACAGAGAAGGAUGAUGAUAUUCUGUCUGCUUUUAGCAGCUAUUAUCAGCCCUGUGUUUACUAGAGAAUGGAAGGCCAACGUUGUAAAACACCUUGAGGCCCUGGUCUCAUCCUGUGUUGUGGUACCCUGUUUAUUCACCCAUCCUAAAGGAGACUUGCCCACAUCCAGACUCAGAGGGAUCUGGCAUCGUCAAAUUGAUAGAAACCAGCGCAUCUAUUCCCAGGAUAACAUGAAGGUCUUGGAAAACUUCAGGGAACGCACGCGGUUGUUGGGACAUCUGGGUCAGGAAAACUGCACCUUAGAAAUUACGAAGAUAAUGGAUCAUGACAACGGCCCUUUCUGUUUCCGGAUCGAAUUAGCAGAAAUAGAGACUGAUACAUCCACUGACAAGUUCUCCUUUGUGGAGGAUUGUGUCACGUUCAAAAUGCUCCCUGAUCCUCCGAAACCUAAACUGAAUUACCCAAAGACGGCCAUUCAAGGACGUCCCUACACUAUCACCUGUUCAGUCACCCACUCCUGCCCCUCCUAUAACCCUGAACUCACAUGGAGUAAGGGCACCGCAGAUGAGGUGAUUGAGGUCCACAAAGACAUUGGAUCUGGCUACUGGGAGGCCGAGUCCAUCCUGACCAUCAUUCCUGAGGAGAAGGACGACCACACUGAGAUCAUCUGCACAGCAACAUUUAAGGGACCGAGGACGUCCUCUGGGAAAUUGACACUCUAUGUAAAACGUACAGAAAACUCCAACCACAUCAUCAUUCCCACAGUGGCGGUGAUUGGUACAGCUGUGAUUUUUGCAGUCUUCUACAUUUUUAUGGUGAAGAGAUACAAGAAACACAUUGCAGAGCUCCAAAGUGGGGACGGCAGCGUGUGGAAUCGGCUGUCCAGGCUGUCUCAUAGGAUUCGUUCUAAUGGCCCAAGACCAUCUCGUUCUGAUCAAAGAAGGCCUACAGGGGACACGGUGGAUUUGGGUCAUAUUCCCAAGAAUGUGAAAUCAAAAUCCUGUGCUGACCAGAAAAUCUCCAAGACUCGUUUUCCGUCCCCCAAAAGCCAGCCCAAAUCCUACAAUUGCCAAAAGGACCUCGAUAAUGGUGAUGAUUACAUGAACGAUGUGGACGCCAUCUAUGGAAACAUGUGAAAAAACACAAAUCUAAUCACGGCCAUAAUGAUAAUUUGUAUUAAGGGCAUCUGAUGACUGCUGUUUUGUUAUACAUGAUUAUUGUUGUAUUCUCUCCUAUCAAGCACAAUAUUAUUAUUAUUAUUAUUAUACUUUAUGCUAAGCUAAGCUAGCUCUAGUUUCAUAUUUACCAAACAAACAUGAGAGUGUUGAUCUUUUCUUGGCAAAAAGGUGAAUGAGUGUAUUUACCAAAAUGUCAAACAAGUGCUAUAAUAAUUAUAAUACAUAUGCGGAUACAUACAUAGGACAGUCAUUAAGAAAAUUAAACAAGAGAAAAAACAUGGAUUUAUAAUGGUAAUAGUCGUACAUAUGGAGAAGGAAAUAUAAUAAUAAUUUUACCCUAUAUAAAUUCAGUUAAAAUAUAAUAUAAUAUAUAUAUAAUGCUGUAUAUCAGCUUUCCUUUUCCUGCAUUUUAUAAUUUAGGUUGAUAUUCUGAUUCCUGUGGGGGGAAAACAUAAAGAAUAUGACAACACAAAACAAUAUUUCUUAAGGCUAAGAAGAUUUUGCUUGUUACUAUUAGCUUGUCUCAGGAGCUUUGUGGAUUCAAGAAUAUUUUUCUCGAAGACCAACUCUACCUUGUUCUGCUUUUUAUACCAUAUUAACACUGGCUGGCAUAUAUGUAGAACAUUAAAAGCUUUCACUGCUUUAGAAGAGGAAUUAUCUCAAUAUGUUAACUAUUAGUGUUUGCUCUAUAGAAAACCACAUAAUAUGGUUUGUUUAUUACUAUGGCAAACCAUGUAUCUCAUUAAGUAAUCUGUAUUGAUGUAUUCUUAGUCUCUAACUAUUUUGUCUUUGCUACUUGUUUUUGUUGUCAUUUUUUAUUAUAAAUUGCGUUUCUCUGUUUAAAUCUAACAAUAAAUACAUAAACAACUGAA